ACCCUCAACACUCUCAAUACCAUGACUCAUGUGCUAUCUAUCGCAUUCCACGUGUCACUGCGUAGAAAUCAGGUUUUCUGGUACAUUAAGGUACGACCCGGAUAGGUCCCUUAGAAUCGGACAUCAUCGUUGCUGAUUCUGUGUUUUCUGCAAUUCUUUCAGUGUUGGGUAUAUUAUUUAAGCGGGUAUACCAUUAGAAGACCAAAAUACGCAAAAGAUGAAUCACGCAAUCAGAUCGGCUGGAGCUGCUCUGCCUUAUAACGCAAGCAGAAAAGCGACUGGAAAUUCUGUAAUCGGAGUGUUGAGGAAGGUCACAACUAUGGCUAGCAGCCAAUCUGACAGCAAGAACCCAAAUGAGAAAAAUGGGGACACGAUGUCUGAUUCGUUCGGGGAAGGGUACGCCACCAGAUCGGAUGAGGAAGGAUUUGGUGGGGUAUAUGGAGAGAACCAGUCUCUUCCAAAGACUGGGCAAAAAGAGAGUAGUAUCCAUGAAAAUCACCCUGCUUAUGACAAGACGCAGGGGAGCGAAGUGAAGGAGAAGGAAAAGGCACGGCACCAGACGAGCGCAAAGUCGUAGAUUGGAAAAUAUGAUUACUCUUUCGAUAACUGCUAAAACUUUCUUGGAUUUAUGAGAUUGAUUAGAUGUAUUUUAUAAUAAAAAUAACUUUAUAAUAUAACGUAGAUCUACGUAAUUAGUAAUUUACUUGUAAUAUUAAGUAUUUUCUUAAUCUUUUAUGUUUCAUGUAGUGGAGCUGUUAGAGCUUAUGUUUCUUCCGAAAACCUUCUAUGUAUUGAUUAAUGUUCCAUGGGAACACUUUUUUC